UUUAUUCGUAAAAUAUUGCUUAUUUGUCUAUCUUUCAAAUUAAAGCACGUUUUCUAAUUAUCUUAAAAAAUAUGAUUAUUACACAAUUUUCUACUUAUCUCUUACUUAUUGUUAGCAUAUCUUUGUUCUAAAAUUACGUUUCUUGAUCCAUAAUUUAAUUUCUUUUCUUCACUGAUCGGAAACUUGAUAAAAUGGAGUAACGCAGCGUACAGUAGUUCAAACUUGAAUGAUAAUAUCUAAUGUUGCUUGCUUAUGCUAACUUAGAACAUGUAUCAUGAAUUUCAUUUUAUUUCCUUUCGAAAAUUAUUACGAGGCAUUGCGUAAUUUGGUUAAUUCGAGCUUAUUUUCUUUCUCGUCUGAAUAGAGACAUAGAAGAUAAUCGAUCGAAAUUUUUCUCGUGCUCCACACGUAAUUCCGGGUAAUUUCACAAUUAUUAUUAUUAUUAUUAUUACGCACAUCAGUCGCACUGCGACUAUCUCUAGCACCUUAGAGAGGGGAGAAACAGGUAUUCGUUUGUUAUCAAGUGCAUAUACAGUUUGGCAUUCAUGGAAAGAUGAUCGUUCUUGAAAGUUGGUAUUAUAAUCUUAAUCGGAUUUCUUUAUUGAUUUGCGGUUUAUGGCCUUAUCAGAAUACGAAAUUCCGGUACGUACGAGCUGUGUUCAUAUUAGGAAUAAUUGUCUUCUUCGUGAUUUCUCAGUUUAUAUUAUUGUUUGCGUACGAAUACAAUUUCAAGCUAGUUUUGAAGAUCUGUUCGGACAUUUUUCCUGCUAUUUUAUGUACACUGCAAUUCAUCGCCUUUUUAAUUAAACCGAAAGAAAUGAGAAAAUUAUUAAACCAGAUUUGCGAAGAAUGGAAAGCACUAAAAGAUUUUAAAGAAAUUGAAAUAGCAAAAAAAUACGGAACGUUUACGAGGCGGCUUACAGAGGCCUUACUCCGCAUUUUUUAGUGUGCGCCUUAUUAGGCUGGCUUUUUCUGGCGCUAAUGUAUCUUAUUCCGAUUAUCAUCAAUGACGUUGCAGUAGCAAACAAAUCUCUCUCAAAACAAGACGGUGACUUAAAGGUGCAAUUUGAUAAAGAAAGACAUAUCUACUUAUUCCUCAUACUUGUCUUCAUAGGUGUUUUUGUGAUGACAACCACUACAUCGAUGAUUCUAGCUUACAUGCGACAUAUUUGUGCAAUGUUAAAAAUUACUCGGUAGAAUGAAAUCUUCGAUGUUUGUAUCGAAUGUUUAUCAAAACAUGUUAUAAUUGUGACAUGAAGUAUAUAUUUAUAGUUAUCGUAUCGAACAUUCAUUGGAUGGAAACAUCUUACAUGUAUCAAUUUCUCAAAAAAAUCGCUUGAUGUGUCAGAAAUUAAUUAACGCCGUCAAUAUUCAACGAAGAACUAUGGAGUUGGUAUCAGUUUAUAGUAAUCAUUUUUUUUACAAUAAUACAAUACACGCGUAUUACAAUGAAUACCCUCGAACCUUAAAUUGAGAUUUACUGUAAAAGUUUCAAAAGUUUCAAUUAUACCAAAGUUUUUCAACUGAUGUGCCGCGUCACACUGGUGGCCGCAAAGGAUCUCCAAGUGUGCCGUGAAAAUUUUAGAGAAAAUAAAAAAACUAAAAAAUUUAAGAAAAAGUAAAAAAGUAAGCGUAAAAAAUAUUGGCUCGUUAUUUAAUGUACCGCGAAUUGAAAAGGUUGAAAAACGCUGUG